UCAAUUAAAAUGUACAACAACCUUAAUUAGAACGCCAAACCUGUUCUUGAUCAUGUUUGUGAUUUAUCAAUCAGAGUUUCAGAAAUUCACAGCUUGUGAAGCAAAAAUUGAUAUUUAUUCCCUUUAGAAAAGCAAAAAGCACAGCAGUUUUCUUCUUAUGUUUCAAUGAAUUUAAAUAAACCAGAUUAGAGAGAAAGGUGUUAGCAGAAAGAGGAAGACUGUCGUAUCAAAGGAGCAAGUUUGAACCCCAGUGUGUUACAACUUUUUCACAAAAGUUGAAUAAUUGCAUUUUUUUUAAAUAUACAAAAUAUUCAACUACUACUCAAUAUGAAUUUUCAGGUAUUUAACCUGUAAAACGAAAUGUAAUUUGCUGAUCUUGACUAAACUAGAGUUUUUUUUUAAAUUUACAUACACUUCACAUGCGAACAGCAUCAUGUUCCCUGUGAAAUUUUCCCUCUUCCUUCUGCUGAUCUUUCCCAUGUGCACAUUCGAGAUGUGCACAGACGGGACGCCCCAAGAGUGCCAGCAGGCAGAGUUUGUUCCGGGUUCCAAUUUGGCCGGAGAAGGCUUCGACAUCACUAGUAUGGAGCGCAAGGGGGCUUUUGUCCUCGACAUGAAUCAAUGGAAGCGUGAGAAUAAAGCUUGCACCCUGUGCACCAACCCUUACAUGGACAACAGAAGGCAGAAGUUGCCUCUGUCUGUGGUGGAUUGGAGAGCGAAGCAUUCCUGCAGCAGCAAAGUGUCCAGUCAAAUUUUCAAAUCCAGCGAGUCUCUGGUCGAGUCCACCACCUCUACUGUUCAAAAUGACUGGAAAGUGGGUCUCAAUAUUCCUUUCAAAGCAAAUCUGAUGCUGGCUGGAAGCCAUUCCAAAGUCGCUGGCUACUCCAUGGAAAAAACCAAAUCUGACAAAUUCAGCUUUACGACCCAAGGUCUGUCUUGUGAGUACUACAGUUACCGUGUAUCUAAAACCCCAACUUUGCAAAAUGAUUUUCUGGACUCAGUGAAACAACUUCCUAAAGUCUACAACCCACAAAGCAAGAACAACUAUUACCAUCUGAUUGACACCUUUGGCACCCAUUACAUCACCAAGGUGAAAAUGGGCGGGAAGGUUCAGGCUGUCACCAGCAUCCGUGAGUGUGAGGCCCACCUGAAUGGAAUUGAAGUGAACGAGGUGGACAUGUGCCUCAGGGUUGAAGCGUCCGCAACUACAAAAGGAACUACAAUUUCAUCUGAAGCAGAGCAAUGCCAAGGAAAGAAGGACAAGUUAGGGAGAAAAAUUACAUUCUCCAGCUACUUUACCGACAGGUUUAUGGAAGUAAAGGGUGGUCAGACAACAGAACCAGACCUCAUCUUCUCUGCCAGCACGAAUCCAUCAGCCUACAAGGAUUGGCUGAACUCUGUGCCACAGAACCCUGACAUCCUUUCUUACUCUCUGGACUCUGUUCAUGAGUUAAUCCCAAAGAGUGACCCUAUGAGGCAAAACCUGCGCUCUGCUAUCACCCAUUACAUCCUGGAGAAAGGCCUGAUGAAGAGUUGCACUGAUCCCUGUAAAGCAGGUAUCAAGAGCAAUUCAAGAGAACCCUGUGUCUGCCAGUGCCACAAUAACCCUGCUGUGACCCCGGACUGCUGCCCAGCUGAGAAGAGUGAGGCGCGUGUUAUCAUUACAGUGGUGCGGGCCUCUAAGCUGUGGGGGGAUUACAGUAGUGGCACAGAUGCCUAUGUGAAAGUGUUUUUUGGUAAACUGGUGGGUCGUACUCCUAUCAUCGCCGACGAUGACAACCCACACUGGAACAUGAAACUUGACCUGGGAACCCAGGUUCUGUCAAAAAUAGUUAAACUGAAGUUUGAAGUUUGGGAUGAGGAUAAUUGGGAUGAUGAAUUGCUUGGAACAUGUGAGCGAGCUCUGACAUCAGGCACUAAGAGGGGUGUUUGUGCCCUUAAUCAUGGUGAGUUAUUCUUUAACUGGAAAGUAGAAUGUACUCCUAAUCUGAGUGGCAGUUACUGCCAGAAUUAUCAAAGCAGCCCAAUGGAUAAAAACCUGAAGGAGCUGUACAGGUCCAGGCACUCCCUCCCUGUUCCCAAAGACAUCCUCCAACAGAUGGGUGUGUUUGUGAACAAAUCAAGUUCAAGGAAAAAUGAGAAUCUGAUGAAAAUCUAUGACGCCAACAAGAAGUUCUCUAACUUUACCAAAGAGUAUUUCCUUUAAACCGGAUCCAUCUACUGACCAUUUAACAUCAGAAAAAGUUCUUAACACAUGGCAGGUUUGAUGGUCAAGUAUUGCGCAUGUUUUCUGCUGCUAAGAAUUACACAUUUAUUUAAGCUUGAGGAUAAUUUCAUAUCUCGCAUUAGCGUUUCUAAUUUGAAUGAAAAUGGAAAGAUUAUUUUCCCACAAAAAAUAUUUCGUUCCCAAAAUAUAAAAUUUUGUUCCCACAAAGUAAUGAAUUUGUUCCCAUGAAAUAAUCAUUCUAUGGCAGAUACCUUCACAUUUCUUUCUGUGAACAUCUCAUGACAAUGCAUGAAAGACAUGAAGGAUGUUGAGAAAUCUGAUUAUUUUAUUUUAAAAAGCUCACCUGGAAGAAAUUAAAGUGAACGAGGCGGAGACUUGCCUCAGUGUUUAAGCAUUCGCAGCUAUGAGCAUAAAUACAAAUUCAAUUGAGGUGCAGAACUGCCGAGCAAAAAAAAGACAAGUUAGGGAGAAAAAUUACAUUCUCCAGCUACUUUAAUGACAGGCAUGGAUUUCUGUGAUUGUUAUUUCGUGGGAACAAUUUUUCUUUUUCUUUCUUUUUACCCAUGUCAGGUCACGGGCUCCGUAGUAUCAUGAUUUGGUUAUUACAAAGCUUUUUCCAGUCACACUUUGGUGCUAUGGCACAUCUUGGAUUUUAACAUGUUAGUCUUUGAUAACUUUCUCAUUUGCUCUUUCAAAUUUGCUGAGCGGACACAAAAUAUUGAGGUGAGGUCACAAUUUUUAAAGACUCACUUAAAUCUGUCCGGUCCAAUUCCGUCCGGUCCAACACAAAAGAUUUUCAAAACGAUUAAAAUGAAAAAAGUUUGGCCUCGAUUACAAAAGGGGUUUAUUCAGACAUACCUCUGGUUUGUCAGAAGUUUCAUAACCCCUGUUGUUAAAGGAAAAUAUGUCCAACACAAGAGGCCCUCAGCUCUCAUCUGUCUGCCCAGCUGUUGGACAUUAAGUUAAAGAAAUAAAAAAAAAAUACACAUUUAUUUGAGCUUGAAGAAAAUUACAUAUCUUGCAUUAGCAUUUCUAAUUUGAUUGAAAUGUUUGUGUUUCUGUCUUGCUCUUUCUGGAACGCUCACUGCUUAUCCCUUUGCUUAUCAGCAAAUGUUCUCAGAGGGGUUCACACCUGGAAGGAUUUUGACAGUUCUGUCAUUGACGGUAUUUACUGUCAUCAGUUUUUCCUGUUAAAAAAACUGAAAUCAAUAAAGAGUGUGACUACCUUUUUCUAGGAAA